UUUUCCUACACCACUUCCGGCGUGGAGGUGGCGGAGGAGGCCUUACCGCCAUGGAUAUCCUGAAGCGGGAGAUCAGCCGCAAGCGGCAGCAGCUGGAGGACAAGGAGCUGGUGGGGGGAAAUAAGAAAUACUUCAAACGCAGUGAAUUAGCUAAAAAAGAAGAGGAGGCCUACUUCCAGAGAUGUGGCUACAAGGUGCAGCAGCAAGAAGAAGAAGAGAAGCCUCUGACUUCAACAAAUCCAGUGCUGGAACUUGAACUGGCGGAAGAAAAAUUACCAAUGACUCUUUCCAGACAAGAGGUUAUCAGGAGGUUACGGGAGAGAGGUGAGCCGGUCAGGCUGUUUGGAGAAACAGAUUAUGAUGCAUUUCAACGUCUGAGGAAGAUAGAAAUUUUGGCACCUGAAGUGAACAAGGGUCUGAGGAAUGAUCUGAAAGCUGCCUUGGAUAAGAUUGAUCAGCAGUACUUGAAUGAAAUUGUAGGUGGCCAAGAAGCAGGAGAUGAUGACUCACAGAAUGACUUGAAAGUCCAUGAGGAGAAUACUACUAUUGAAGAACUGGAGGCUUUGGGAGAGUCCUUAGGACGGGGUGAUGACCACUAUGAUAUGGAUAUUAUCACAAAAUUCUUGAAGUUUCUUCUUGGAGUUUGGGCGAAGGAGCUGAAUGCCAGAGAGGACUACGUGAAGCGGGGAGUGCAGGGAAAGCUGAACAGUGCCACUCAGAAGCAGACAGAGUCCUACCUGAGGCCACUCUUCAGAAAACUUCGGAAAAGGACACUUCCUGCAGACAUCAAAGAAUCAAUAACAGAUAUUAUAAAAUUCAUGUUGCAAAGAGAAUAUGUGAAGGCAAAUGAUGCCUACCUCCAGAUGGCCAUAGGGAAUGCACCGUGGCCCAUCGGUGUCACCAUGGUCGGCAUCCACGCUCGAACGGGUCGUGAGAAGAUCUUCUCCAAGCACGUUGCCCACGUUCUCAAUGAUGAAACUCAAAGGAAAUACAUUCAGGGGCUGAAGAGGCUGAUGACCAUUUGCCAGAAGCACUUCCCAACAGACCCCUCGAAAUGUGUGGAGUACAAUGCUUUGUGAGGCUCCGAGUGACCAAGCAUGCCUCACACUGUCAUCUCCAGGACUGGGAGAGCACUGGGGAGAUGGAGCAUUUUGUGCUUUACACCAACAGAAACUGAGGGUGUGCUUUGCAAGAAAGCAUAAAGCAGAUUUCUCUCCAGCUUCCUUUGAACAAACCCCACUUGGGUAGAUUUCUUUUUCAAUCUAUGCUUUCCACUGACCAGAUCCCUUCUCCAGCUUUUUAAGGGUGGGAUGGCCAUGAGCAGUGGGCACUGAUCGUGACCCUCACUUCUACUUCAGUUUGCUGUUCACAACGCUGUGUAGUCUGAUCUGAACCAAUCUGUUCUAUCUUAGAGCUGUAGGUGAGGCUCAGCCCUGCGUGGAGGCCGUGUGGAGUUUGUUGGCUGCUUUCCCACUGGAGGCUGAUGUGGGAAGAUGGGGAAGCAGUCAAACUUCAAUCUUGUUAUUUCUGUAAAUAGGAAGAUUUUAAUGGCAAGUCUUUCAUGUGGUAUUUAUCGGGAAAGAAGAAGUUUAUAUAUUUCUCAGCUGAAAAAUACACCCAGUUUCAGUGGAAA